AGUGAAGCCCCACCCCUCCCACUUCUGCUGAGGGAAAGAGACUGGAAGCCCAACAUAUUUUAUGACGAACUACAUUUUUUCUUUUUAGCAUAAAGCGUCUCUUUUAACUGCUUUUCAUCAACAUGUAACCCGAGGAUAUUGAUCUUGCGCACUCCUUCCUCCGUCAGCUGUACUUUGUUGAAAGCCAGGCCGAAGAAAUGGAUUUGUGACCAGCACCCAGACUGAGGAGAAAGCACUGAGGAGGCUUCCCAUCAUAUAUUGCAGCUAAAGGAGCUAAAGGCUGGACAAGAAAAGAUAGCAGACUUAAAAGUCAUAAUGUCAGAGACACAGGAGCAAGGAGCUCCAGGUACAGAGGGAAACGUGCCAGAGGUCACGGCAGGACACAUGCCCAGUAAUAGUCCACAGGUACAAGAUGCAGCAUCUGGGGCUGCACCUUUGACCAUACAGCCUCCUGUCACCACAGCAACUGAGGAUGAGGAUGAGAGUGAAGAUGAGUCUGAGAUCUUGGAGGAGAGUCCCUGUGGCCGCUGGCAGAAACGCAGAGAGGAGGUGAAUCAGCGUAAUGUCCCAGGGAUCGAUGCUGCGUACUUGGCCAUGGACACAGAGGAAGGUGUGGAGGUGGUUUGGAAUGAAGUCAUGAUCUCAGAAAGAAAAAACUUCAAACCGCUGGAGGAGAAAGUAAAGGCAGUAUUUGAUAAGCUGAUCCAUUUGGAACAUGCAAAUAUUGUCAAAUUCCACAAGUACUGGGCGGACACAAAGGAGAACCGGGCCAGGGUGAUUUUCAUCACUGAGUACAUGUCAUCAGGGAGUUUGAAGCAGUUUUUAAAAAAGACAAAGAAGAAUCACAAAACCAUGAAUGAAAAGGCUUGGAAGAGAUGGUGCACACAGAUCCUGUCUGCUCUCAGUUAUCUCCACUCAUGUGAUCCUCCCAUCAUCCACGGCAAUCUGACCUGCGACACCAUCUUCAUCCAACACAACGGGCUCAUCAAGAUUGGAUCAGUUGCUCCGGACACCAUCAACAGCCAUGUGAAGACGUGUCAUGAGGAGCAGAAGAACCUGCAUUUCUAUGCACCAGAAUAUGGAGCUGAUGAUGAUGUCACCACAGCUGUAGACAUCUACUCCUUUGGCAUGUGUGCCUUAGAGAUGGCGCUCUUGGAAAUCCAGGGGAAUGGAGAGUCCUCCUAUGUCUCUCAGGAGGCCAUCACCAAUGCCAUUCAGUUACUAGAGGACCCGCUGCAGAGGGAGUUAAUCCAGAAGUGCCUCGAGUGUGAUCCCAGUACGAGGCCUACAGCCAGAGAGAUGCUGUUUAAUCAGGCUUUGUUUGAAGUACCGCUGCUAAAACUGCUGGCUGCACAUUGUAUUGUCAGCCACCAACACAUGAUUCCUGAGAAUGCCCUGCAGGAGAUAACCAAGAACCUGGACCCCAACCUAGUCAUCGCUGAGACAAGAGAGGACGUUCAGCUUAAGCUUUCACAGUUUCCUGCUUUAGAGCUUGAUAAAUUCCUUGAGGAUGUGAGGAAUGGUAUUUAUCCAAUGACAGCCUUCGGGUUGCCCUGUUCUCAGCAGCCUCAACCUGAGACUGUUCAAUCUCCCGUUGUUGUCCCCUUGGUCAAAUCCCCGACCCCUGAACCUGCAGAGCUGGAGACACGACGGGUCGUUCAUAUGCAGUGUAAUGUUGAGUCAGUGGAGGAGGGAGCCAAGUUUCAUUUAACGUUACUGCUGAAACUGGAGGAUAAACUGAAUAGACAUCUAAGCUGUGACAUGUUACCUCAUGAAAAUGUUCAAGAGUUGGCUGAAGAGCUGGUGGAGCUGGGCUUAAUCAGUGAGGUGGACCAAAACAAAGUAUCCUCUCUACUGGAAGAAACAUUCAGCCAAGCUCUAGCAACGCUACCCUCGACCGUGUAACCCCCUCCUCAAAAAUACACUCUUUCAACGCUGUUACAUGUUGUAUUAGGUUACUGAACACAGUAACUUUAUUUAAUGCCUUUUUAUGUAUU